AAGAGUUUGGUAAGGGCUUGAUCCCAUCUUCCUGUUUACAUUGCGACAUCAACUUCUCACGGACAUUUAAAUGUUAAGAGAUGGAAAUUAAUUCGGCAGUGUUUCUGUGGUACUUCACUAUAAAAACACAACAGUUCGUUAAACAAGAAACCGGAGAUGUUUACAGCGUGAUUUAAACGAGAGAUCAAAGCGUCCGUCGACCUCACAGCAUGAAGACUGAAUAAUACUAAAAAGAAACACACUAAAUAUAUUAUAUAGAGCUUAUAUUAUGUGCUCUGCUGGUACUGACACGAGCGACACUUUCAUCACAUCACAGGAAACCCUGUUGGAUGUAAUUAACACUGGGAGUGGCCUAAAGCUGAUGACAGCCACACCCCACCUGAUCAGUUUGGGCAGUGGGCAUCUCAACUUUUCUAUAACUUUAAUAGCACUUACAAAAGAAUUGAAUCACAUUGCCUGUGAGGAUGCAGGGUUACCACAAGAUAAUCCAGGGCUCCAGCCGCACCACUGUGUCAUCACCAACAGAGAUGGAGUCAUAACUUUACACCCCUGUGAAAAUAUCUGCAGUCUGGAUGGAAUUCCUGUCAGCAAGCCAACAAAGCUCACACAUGGGUGCGCUCUUUGUCUGGGUAAAUCUUUCUUCCGUUUCAACCACCCAGAAGAGGCGAAACGCAUGAAGAACAUGCUGCAGGAGAAGACUGCCGGACCCACGCUGUCCCUUAGCACGGAUGCAACCAAGCUUCAUUCAAAUGGUGGCACAUUGGGUGGAUCAAGUGUCCGUGGCACUCGCUCGAAGGCAGAGCUUCAGGAGUUGAUGGAAAGCUUACAGCGCCGGAAAUCAGCUUUGGAAGCCAGUUUAAAGGCUACAGCAGAACGAGGUUACAUCACACUGUCCUCACCCCCGAGUCCCCAAUCAGCUUCUAACUAUCUACAAGAGCGCCCGCCUCUUUCAAUCAGAGUCCCCUCUCCUUACACACCGACCAGCAAUUUGAGCAUGCCACCAUCCCCCCACCAAUCAGAGCGUCCAUUAAGCCCAGUCCCAAACCAAUCCCGAACCCGACACCAAUCACAAGACAACCUCUUACUUUGCCAAUCUUCUGACGUGCGGCAACCCAACGCUACCACCUUGCUUCUCUCCAUGUGGAACGGCUCCAAUUCGUCCUACGUGAACGAAAGUCUUCCUCCAUCUCGCCGAGGUCCGAGCGGGGCAGCCAGCAUGCCCUCCAGCCCUCGCUUGGGGCGCAGGUUGUUCGCCAGAGACGGGGAUUUAGCCGCAGAGCCGACGCUCCGGCAAAGGAAGUACUCCACCGGCUCCCUGAAUGGCCUGGGAGGACAUAGCCGCUCUCUGCCCCGGCUGUAUCGUGGAGACACCCCUAUGCUUUCUUUGCCACCCCGUCGCACCACCAAACCACGUCGCAGCCUUCCAGCCAUGGAGAAACCCCCAGAUGUGACGGUGAUAGCCAGCAUGCCCAGCAGCCCCCGUAGGGCUAGCCUCUGUUCUGUGGGCUCUGCCCCGUGUUUGGACCUGGGUGUAGGUGAAAGGCGCCAGUCUUUUGGUAAAGGAGGAGUGGGGCCAGGGAUGGGGCAGAGGAGGGGUAGUAUCAGUUCGCUGAGUGGAAAAGAAGAAUUGAGAGAUUAUCAUCAGAGACAAAGAGAUGAGAGACUCAGAGAACAGGAGGUGGAGAGACUGGAACGACAGCGUCUGGAAACCAUCCUGUGCCUAUGCUCUGAGCUUGGCCGAUCUGAUUUCAGUCGGACGGAGACCGACUCUGGCGUCUCGGCCGUGUCUGACCUGCAGAAGAUCAAUCGUGAGCUGGAGAAGCUGCAGGUGUCGGAUGACGAGUCAGUGUUUUCGGACUCUGCCGGAGUGUCUGUGGAGAGUGGGUUUGUGGGUAAGACUCGAGGAGAGAUCGUGACCCAGAGGCAGCGCAGACUCAGUGGACACAUACCCCAGUCACCCACCACUUCCAUGCGAAGCUCAGUCCCAUCACCCUCGCUACAUCUCCGCAACAAGCAGGUGUCUGAAGACAUGCAGCUGCGACAGGAGGUCACACGUAUAGAAGAGGAAAGAAUUCAGGUGCUCAACAAUAUUGAGGAACUGGAACAGAAGAUCAGAGAUCUGGACACACAGAUGGACGAGUCGAUCAGGGAGAUGGAGGUAGAGCGAGCUCUUCUGGAUGGGGAGCAGGAGGCUGAGUUGGCUCAGCUACAAAGCGAUAAAGACGAGCUGGAACAACUCAAGGAAAAAAUGGGCAGCAUGGAGAAAAGUGCUCAAAACAAUCAGACUCAGGACAAAGCCCUGUUGGAGGCAGAAAGAGUUAAAAUAGAGAAGCUAGCUGAGCUGAUCUCAGAACAGAGGACCCAGUUGGACAACUGUCCUGAAGCACUGAAGGAGCAGCUCCACAAUCAGCUAUCCAGGGUCAGUCAGGACAACGAAGCUUUGGAAAUACAGACAAAGCGCUUUGAAGACUUGGAGUUUCAGCAGUUAGAAAAAGAAAGCCGUCAAGAUGAGGAGAAGGAGACUCAGACGCAACAUCUCCUCCAAGAGAUGGCUGAAUAUCAGAGGUCUCUCAUAAAUCGCAAGGAGAGGCUGCUUACCCUAAAGAAGCAGUCGACUCAGAUUACCCAGCAGGCUCAGCGGGAAAAAGAAAACUUCUUAAAGGAAAAGAGCAAUCUUAUUUAUAUGCUGCAAAGGGAGCGUGAAAAUCUCUCUGCUCUGGAAAGAAAGUACGCUGAACUUACAGGUGGUCAGGCCUUUCCCCUCAAUCCUGUGUCUAUGAAGCAGCACUUUCGCUCUUUGGAGGAAAAGAGGCGGAGCAAUGGCAGUAAAGAGGGCGGAACUAUUAUGAGUGACAGCAGAGCUUCCCGUAAGAGAGAUCGGCAGAGUUCCGGCACUUUAAACGCCACCCUUAAUCGCAGUCUGUCUCCUAAGUCCCAUAUGCCACUGUCUCAAAGCUCAAGCUGUGGGAGCGUACUGCCUCGUACCCUAUCCGUCACCUCCCGUGACCUGGACACCCGCCGAAUGCUCAAGGCAGGUCAGAUGUUUCUAAAUGAUGAGAGGCAGAGAAUGAGUGAGAUGUCCAAUAGGGCGGUUUCGGAGACAAAUGUCUACCUGGAUACGUUUCACUACAUGGAUAAUGGACACAACUUUGACACGAUGAGUGUGGACAGCGCGGAGAGCCUAGAAACCAGCAUUUCUGCAUGUUCACCUGACAACAUUUCAAGCACCAGCACAGCUAACAUGAUGAAGAUAGAGGAGAUGGAACGCAUGCUGAGAGAAGCUCAAGCCGAGAAGCACAGAUUACUGGAGCACAGGGAGCGAGAGAUGGAGUUGCGGAGACAGGCUCUUGAAGACGAGAGGAGGAGAAGAGAGGAGUUGGAGAGGAGACUUCAGGAGGAGACGAACAGACGACAAAAGAUGGUGGAGAGAGAGUCUCGGCCAUUGACGCGUUACCUGCCGGUAAGGAAAGAUGAUUUUGACCUAAGAGGUCACAUCGAGGCAGCGGGUCAUCAUCCCGGGACAUGUUUUCACCUGGCCAUCACUGAGAAGACCUGCAGAGGCUUCCUGGUCAAAAUGGGUGGAAAGAUCAAAACCUGGAAGAAGCGCUGGUUCGUCUUUGACCGUAACCGCAGGACGCUGGCGUAUUAUGCUGAUAAACAUGAAACCAAAAUGAAAGGUGUGAUAUACUUCCAAGCCAUAGAAGAAGUGUACUAUGACCAUCUGAAGAAUGCACACAAGAGCCCGAACCCCUCCCUGACGUUCAGCGUGAAGACGCACGACCGAGUCUAUUACAUGGUUGCUCCUUCUCCAGAGGCCAUGAGAAUCUGGAUGGAUGUUAUCGUCACCGGAGCGGAAGGAUACACCCACUUCCUGGUGUGAUCGGGUCUUUGUUAAACAACCCAAAGUGACCUUCACGGUUCUGAAUUUAUUUUUCAUUCUGAGGUUUCAUUAUUUCUCAAAUAUUUGGACUGAUCUCGAAAUCAGCAGGUUGGAAGACGGCCUGGUCUGAAUGUCCUGUACUCAACAAUGAGAUGUUUUGGAAGAACGAUCCGGUUUGAUGUUUUAAAGGCAGCUUUUAGACUUCAAAGGUACUUUUUAACAGCUCUUGAAUUGUUCGACCAUAUUCGACCCCAUGCCCAUCAUUUCCAGGAUAGGACUACAUUCAGUACAAGAAAUCACUCAUGUGGUCUUUAAAAGCAUUCUGCAAAGUGCAAACUGGCUUUGACCUGAAUAUACCUCAAUGAAACAACUGGUGUUUCUCUUUUUCGUUCAUUAAAAUUAGAUGCCAAAGACUUCCUGAUGUGCCAUACAGACUGUAACGUUACCACAGUGGACCUUAACAAAUCAGUAUUUUAGGCCUGUUCAGGGCUGUUUUUAUAUUCUGUACAUAAAUUUAGCUGUAGCAUCUGCUACUUAAAACACUUAUUAGUGUUAUUUCGUAUUUACCAGUUGUGCCUCCCUGUUGCUCAGGAAUAUCACGGAUGUGUUAUUAUAUAUAUAUAUAUACCAAAGACGAGCUGAAUUUGUAUUUCAGCAUACUUGAAUGUAAUGCCAUAUACCCAUCAUUUCAGAUAAGUGUCUAACAAUGUAUUUAUAGCACUAAAAUCUAGACAGGGAUAUGUGGACAAAGCUGAAUCUGAUGAUUUAUUAUUAGAUGCACUGACCUUUUGUCAUUGAUUAUAAUGAGGGCGCAGUACCACAACUGACCAGUAGAGAUCAGUUUUCUUAUAACUGCAGGGGUUACUCUGUGAUUUUUUGUAACCGAAAAAGUCGAACAUGUAAAAUUUAAUGGUUUAACAACAAAUCUAUAUGCAUGACUAAGCUAAUAUUUUGUAUCUGAUAUAUAUUUUGAAGUAUUUAGGAUCAUUUAUCGAAUUUAGAUUGAUGUGAAUAUUGAUGCAAAUAGGUGUUGAUUUAUUGAGAUGUCGGUACAGGCGCUAUAUAUGGUAACAAUGCCUUGCAUCACGCUGUGUUGUGAGCUGUUAUUCAUCCGGAUAUAAAAAUAUACCAGACAUC